UCAGCGGACGCUCGCCGAGCACGCGCGCCGGCGUCGUGGUCGCGCACGUCGCGGUCGGUUUUUCAAGGCGGGGGCGCGGACGUGCGCGUCCCCGCGGAGUCUUUUGUGUGGCGGCGUAAGGGCAGCGCAAAUACAAUAACCAUGGCAGACGAGAAACCCAAGGAGGGAGUGAAGACCGAGAACAAUGACCACAUUAACCUGAAGGUGGCGGGACAGGAUGGCUCAGUGGUGCAGUUUAAGAUAAAGAGGCACACGCCGCUCAGCAAACUCAUGAAGGCGUACUGCGAGCGACAGGGACUGACGAUGAGGCAAAUCCGAUUCCGGUUUGAUGGCCAGCCCAUUAAUGAGACAGACACACCUGCACAGUUGGAAAUGGAGGAUGAAGACACAAUUGACGUUUUCCAGCAACAGACAGGAGGCUUCAUCUAAACGCAGAAACUACGCUGCCCUCCCCCUCCUCUCUCAGUUACUCCUGACUGCUGUUGUAUAGCGUGUUGAUGCUCUUUCAGCUUUGCAGUUACUGCUUUUUGUAUAUAAGUGAUUUCACACACACACACACACGCACACACACAAAUUAACAUGGCAGUGUGAAUGACGCUGUAAGAUCAGAAACCCAGAAUAGUUUUUUCCUCUCUCUCUCUCUCUCUCUCUCUCUCUCUCUCUGUCUCCCACUCUCUCUGGAAAGAAGUGACUACUUUGUGGUCGAGGUCUUUCUGCUGACCCGUCAUCUGAGUGGAGCGAUUAUUAUUUUAACAAUAUCUUGACACCAAACUUAAAGGGUGAGACCGGUUUUUUUUUUUUUUUAAACAACUUCAAAAGAUAUAAAAAAGUCCCUUUGUAUGAAACGAACACCUGAUGAAGUUUAGGUACUCUGUAAUACAGGACAUUCUCAUUAUUUUAGCUGCUUUUAUUUUUGUCAUAUUCUUUCUGGCAAAUUGGUUUUUAUUAUUAUAAUAGUCAUUAUUAUUAUUAUUAUUAUUAUUAUUAUUAAUUGGCAGUAGACACGUAAAGUGAAACAAGCCCCGCAUUCAGUAGCUAAAUUGUGAAUAAGGAUAUUAAGUCCUGAUAUUUCUGUCAAGUUAAGCAUCUGUAUUGUCUAAUAAAUAAUUUGUUAAAAUAAAGAAAAACUCUUUUUACCUCA